AUUCAGUCCAAAUACGGUAUCCUACCGUCAAGUAAAGCAUUGAAUCCAGAAAAGCGACGAAGAGCCCGAUCUUUCCGUAGUGUCGGCAGUCACCUGACACCAAACCUUGCAUACGCAGUCACUUUCAAGGACGCAUUUGGAUAUUUGACGUGUCCUUCCCUGCAGCUGUACGAUAAAUUUAUUCUACGGUUUGCUUUCCGCACAACGCAGUCCAGCGGGCUAAUACUAUUCAAUUCCGACUUGUCCAGUGCGGAUUAUUUACUUUUUGAACUUCACCAAUCUAGGCUGUUUUUCAGCUUCGACAUGGGGAGUGGAUUUCAGCGACAUAAAUUGUCGGAUAUCAGAAUCGACGACGACACAUGGCAUACAGUUGAGCUUGCAAGGUAUGACGUUGGCAGCAACGUAAUUAUUACCACUGUUGAUAAAGAUGAAUUGACCGAAUCGAAAACACAUCUGCCAGUAAUUCGUGGAAAACGUUCGAGAAAUUUCAACCUUGCCGAUCAAUUAUACAUAGGAGGAGCACAUGAAGAUGUGUAUUACCGCUGGAGAGAGCGAAUCAACUACCGGUUCGGAUUCCAGGGAUGCUUCGCCAACCUGUCUGUCAACGACCAACUCGCUACUGAUCCUUUAACAUGCCAGAAUAAUACAUAUUUCCGAAAUACUACCUUCGGCGAUGUGACGGCGGGAUGUUUUACUUUGCCAACGUCUACGAAGCGAUGCGAAAAUCGGUUGACACUUGAUUCAUUAAACACGUACGAUGAACCCUCGAUAUUCGAACACACACUCUCAGUGAGGGAUAAAACGUGUCGUAAUGGUGGAACCUGUGUGCAGCUUUGGACGGGUCUGCGAUGUCUAUGCGAAACAACGGCUUUUAAAGGACGUCUUUGCGAUAUCCGAAUUCAGAAACUGAACAUCUACAAUCUGAUGCCAAAAACUUUGAUGAGCAUAACCGUGGUCAGCAUCAUGUGCGCACUAGAGUAAGCUCCAUCACCCAUUCAAAAUUGAAGGAUCAACAACGAAAUCGUGUUGCGGUCGAUCAACAAAGCCGUGGAGAAGCAAAUACGAUGUAUACAGUCAACGGGACUGCUUUCACACUGACUUCAGGAAUGCAAUCAUAUGGGAUAAGUGAAGUCAACAUUUGGCUCGUCGUCUGUCUGGCCGGUGCCGGAUGUGUGAUACUAUGCUCAAUAACAUUGUUAGCUUUCAGACUACCCAUUAUUUGCAAUCGCUGUUCAUCGCAUGUAGCUCAAAAUCAAAAUUAUGACAUUCGGAAAUGUAGUCCAAUACGACGAGAAACUCACAACGAAAAAGCACUGAAGGUAAUCUUGAGAACAUCAGAAUUUCCAAAGCCCUGUACCACAAGUUCUAUAUCGGCUUGUAAGUAUGAACAAUACUUGUCAAAUAACCCUAAUAUUAAGAACACGGAAUAUGCACCUGAAACAAGUUACGGAAAUUCCCUGUCUUACUAUUCUACCAGUUCGCCGAUUGCAAACCGGAUAAAACACAUCCCAAGCUGCCCCGUUCACAUGACAUUUCCAACCCACUUGGUAUACGACAGUCAAAGUUAUGUGUCAUUUGCUUCCCCCUUGAAAGAGCAAAACACGGUAAAUACAGACUACACAACUGCCGUCGCUAAUGUACCUCAGGAACGAACUGACGAAAGGAAUGGCAGUUAGACCAAUAAAUGGUAUUUUGGUCUUUAUAAGUUUGACUUGCAAAACACAUACGUAGCAUUAACAUGUACAAACGACUCCCUGUCUUUCAU